AUGGCUAGGCCGAGGAAGAAGAAACUUUCUAUACCGUCCAAUUCUUCCCACGGUUUAGAAGACAAGGAGGAUGGCAAGACGAGUGAUGUUAAAAAUGGCGAGAGUAAAUCAAAAUGUAAAAAAAUGUUCAAAUGUCAGGGCUUCGAGGACUGCCAUAUGGCUUUUACGAGAGCGGAACAUUUGGCACGGCAUAUAAGGAAACAUACCGGUGAGAAGCCCUUCCAAUGUUACAUCUGUUUAAAACAUUUCAGUAGAGUGGAUAACUUGAAGCAACAUAGAGAGUCCGUUCAUUCGAAAAUGGAAUAUUCUUCAAACUUUUCGGAAAAGGAUCCACGUUCUCCACUUAACCACAGCAUGAAUACAGGUCUCAAAGAGAUUCAAUUCAUCAAAGAAAAAUCUCCUGUUAUAAUCUCUGCGGUGAACUAUGCAGGUAAUAGUAGCAAGAAUGGGAAUACAUCAGCUUUGAACAAGAGAAUCAAACCAACGAGAGCGAAUUCUGCUGAGUUGCAUUUCCAAUCAUUCAAACCGAAGGCCUACACCAGUGACGCACAGGGAGCGACCCAAGGCAAGGAACAUUUUACCAAGUUACCGAACGAUCACACUGCACCAACCUACGGGAGCCGUCACAAUAGCAUCAGCGGCGAGCUACCGACCGCCCUGACAAAUACGAACAACCAUGGACCCUUGCCGACCAACGGUCCUCAAGACUUGCAUAAAACUGACUAUUCUUGGAGAAUGAACGAGCCAAACACAAUAACGGCACUACCUAUGAGAAUCCAAGAGCAGAACAGUUUACCCCUUCCGAACCUCUACCAACAAAUAAUCUCCAAGACGUCCCCCAGACCCCCACCACCACCUACGCUAUCAAUGCCUGGGGCGACUUCAAAGGCACCCCCACCAUUCAAUGAAAUGAAGAUAAUGCCUCGAGAUUCCGCAUUGAGAACGGGCAGCAUAUCUGAAAAGGACACGGUUUCCCCCUUCGUAUUUGGACAGCAGCCAAUAUCACCAUUACACUCAUCAUUCUCACAAGCAUCUCCGCCGCUAACUACAACUACAACUAAUAAUAAUAAUAAUAAUAAUAUCCCAAACACAGACCAUAGAGGUACAGAAGAGGCACCAGAAUCAUUAUCGGAUCACCGUGACGGAACUUCUGGUAGUGCACUGCCGGUGAAAGAACAGAAAAACAAACACAAGAGAACUCGUUCCAACGAAAGACUGAGUCUCGACUUUAUCAUGUCUUGA